GAUUGUGCGGCGCCUUAAAAACUGACCGCGUCCACAACAAUAGAAAUGAGAAUCAAAUGGGACUGGGUUGUUUCGCGAUACACGCACUGAGUUUUCCUCGCGGCUGCUAGACUUGGUUAACCACGGCAGUAAACUUCCAGUGAAAUGACCCCAUUGUAUGCAUUGAAAUUGUUGGCUGUUCUCAAGGCAGUCUCCUGGUACUAUGUAACAGAGGCUGUGCCUAGAAGUGGACGGUGUCUUCGACCUCCUGUGAUAGAGGGAUGCAACAACUUGCUGCUGCUGUGGAGCUUUAUACCAAAUGCUAACCAAUGUGAACAGGGCUUUGUCUGUUAUAAGCAGCCGAACAGCUUUUCUACUAGAGAAGAAUGCGAGAUAGCAUGUCCGCGAGUUCCUAAUAGAAGACCUCCUGUCAGGAUUCUCGGCUGCCGUUACUGGCUGCUUCAUUUGAAUCUCUGUGAGAAGAAUUGGCCGUCUUCGCGUCGGGACAUUUUUGGAAAAACCCACGAUCUCACGGUCUUCACUGGCUGUGGUGAGUGGAAAAAAAGAGUGUACAUCUACGAUCUCCUCACAAAGAGAUGCAGAGUGAAGCCCUGGUGGUGGAAGCUGCCUCCAGAGAAAAAAGUGUUUGCCGAUGACUUCCAUCCCGUUCUUGAUCCUGUAGUAACGACUUUCCAAUCAAUUGAUGUACCCAAUCAGCCCUUCAUUCCUAGCAGAGGGCAGUUUCCCAGUUCGUGGAAUCUUGACUACUGAAAAUAAAAUA